AUGGAUUCCGACAACGUGGAGAAGUUCCGCCAGGACGAGGAGGCCGCCAUCGCCACUCGCGCGGUCGUGUUCCCCGAUGAAGAUUUGGACAUCCAAGAGAAGCCUCACCAUGGCCUGCGCCCCAAAGGCGUAGAGAUGAAGCGUGAGCUGACGAAGGAAGACAAGGAGCUCGCCAAUGCCGGUUACGACGAGAUCGACCAGCAAAAGGCUCAGGCCGCCGGCGACGGGAAGCUCGAUAACGUCGACGUCCACGAGCACACGCUCUCCUUCAAAGACCUCCAGGAAGAGCUCGAUACCUCCUUUGACGCCAAGGAUCCCGGCCUUUCACCCGGUCUUACGAGCGAUGAGGCCAAGGCCCGGCUCUCUCGCGAUGGGCCGAACAUCUUGACGCCACCAAAGAAGAAGUCGGCGCUGCGGAAGUACUACGAUUGCCUGAUGACCAUGUUUAAUAUUCUGUUGAUUAUUGCCGGAAUCUUGGAGUACAUUUUGCUUGGCGUCGACUUCAAGGACAACUUCCCGAACACUUAUCUCGGUGGCAUCUUGAUAGGCGUGGCAUUUUUGAACGCCCUCAUUGAGUUCUACCAGCUUCAGAAGUCAGAGGCCAUCUUGGCGUCUUUCCUCGCUAUGAUUCCGCCAUCCUGUCGUGUGGUCCGUGACGGGAGCCUCAUCACGGUUCCAGCAGCGGAUUUGGUUAAGGGCGACGUAGUUCUCGUGCGCUCUGGGGACAAGAAUCCCGCAGAUCUGGUUCUCUUCGCUGCAUCUGACCUCAAGGUUGACAAUAGUAGUCUCACGGGUGAGUCUGAACCCCAAGAGCGCGUUGCCCGCGCAGGUGGCGUGCAGCAACGUCCUGUCGAGGCCGAGAACUUGCUAUUCAAUUCUACCCUUAUCGUUAAUGGCGAGGGUUGGGGAGUUGUUGUACGCACCGGUGACCACACCAUGAUCGGUCAGAUCGCCGCACUCACCGGAACUGAAACCGGCAAGAAGAGUCCUCUGGCCGCCGAGAUUGGCCGCUUCGUUAUGAUGGUAUCGGCCAUUGCCAUCGUCUUUGCUAUUGUUUUCUUCGUCGUCGGCAUCACAACUGCCUACAAGGGCAAGGGCGAACAGACCGUCACGUUUGCUGUCUCCAUCUUGGUCGCGUUCGUGCCUGAGGGUCUGCCUUCCGUCGUCACGCUCUUACUUUCCAUUGCCGCAAAGCGCAUGGCUGCGCAGAAUCUCACGCUUCUCGCUACCGACAAGACUGGUACCUUGACCAGGAACCAGAUGACGGUCACAAACCUCUGGAGCGGCGUUCGCAUGUACUCCGCAUUCCAGUCUAACAACGACACGAACACCACCGAGACGUUCGCCAUCACGGCACCCGGCAUGCGCGAGAUGGUCGACAUCGCGGCCCUCAACUCGCACGUCAAGUUCGACAAGACAGACAUUCCCUUUGAGCAGCGCAAGAUACUCGGCGACGCGACCGAGACCGGUCUUAUCCGCUUCGCUGGCAAGCACAUCGCGGACUAUGACCAGUACCAGAAGCAGCACCCCAAGGUCUUUGAGAUACCGUUCAACUCGUCGAACAAGUGGGCGUUGGUCAUUCUCGAAAAGCCUCACAAGACAGGGAUCCUCACGGCGUUCAUCAAGGGGGCUCCCGAGCGUGUUCUUGCCAAGUGUUCGACCUACUUGAAGGAUGGCGAGGAGAUUCCGAUCACCGACGACUUUCACACUGCUUACAACGAGGCAUAUGACUACAUGGCGUCGCGUGGCCACCGCGUCAUCGCUUGCGCCCAGAAGCUGCUCCCUGGCGAUGUGUACGACCACGACCACGAGUUUUCCAAGAACGACGGCAACUACCCCAGUACAGAAUACACCUUCUGUGGCCUCAUCUCGCUCGAAGACCCACCCAAGCACGGUGUCCGCGAGGCCAUCGGUACCCUCCGUCUUGCUGGCAUCAAAGUCAUGAUGGUCACCGGUGAUCAUCCGAAGACUGCGGAGGCCAUCGCCCGCAAGAUCAACCUCAUCCUCGGGGAAACGAAAGAUACUCUGAGCAAGAAGACUGGCCGGCCGGUUGAGGAGAUUUAUGAAGACGAGGUCGACGCGGUUGUCAUUCACGGUGACGAUAUCGACGGUCUGCAAGGUUGGCAGUGGGAUCAGAUCUUCGCCAAGGGCGAGAUUGUAUUCGCUCGUACUUCGCCCCAGCAUAAACUUGAGAUCGUCAAGCGUGCUCAGGCAUUGGGCCACAUUGUCGGAGUUACUGGAGACGGUGUCAACGACUCCCCUGCUCUCAAGAAGGCGGACCUUGGUAUUGCCAUGAACAUCUCUGGAUCGGAUGUCUCGAAGGAGGCUGCGAACAUGAUACUUCUCGAUGACAAUUUCGCUUCAACAGUCAAGGGUGUCAUGGAGGGUCGUCAGAUCUUCGUCAACUUGAAGCGCUCUAUCCAGUACACGAUUUCGCACAGCACUCCAGAAGUCAUCCCGCAGCUGCUUUAUGUCGUUGUCCCAAUCCCACUUCCGCUGUCUGCCAUCCUCAUCCUCGUCAUCGAUCUUGGCUUCGAGCUCUUCGUUGCGCUCUCCUUCGCUUGGGACAAGCCGGAGACCCAGGAUGGUCUCAUGCGCAUGGCUCCUCGCAAACCUGUGAACGACCGUUCCGUCACAUCGCUGAAGAAGCGUGCCCUGCGGCGUACCAAGACCCUCCGCCGCGACCCUGAGACACAGGAGAUUAUCCGCCCCAGCAAGUUCUCUCAGGUCAUGGCCAGCGUAAAGGCUCCAUUCACCCGCCAGUUCUGGGAGGAAGCACUUGAGCGAACCGACGACGAGACGCUUGUCGACACGAAGCUUCUAAGCUACGCGUACCUGGAAGCCGGCAUGAUCGAGUUCGCGGGAGCAUUGGCAGCGUACUUCGUUGUCUUCUUCAAGAACGGCUUCACUCCGGGAGAUCUUCGGCGGGCGCAGACCGCUCUCAACGCCUCCCCGUCGAUUACUUACUUCACCAAAACGUCUCCGGAGUUCGUCAACAGCCGCGGUCAAACCAUAUCCCCUUCAAAACAAGUCGACGCUCUCGCACAGGCUCAGUCAAUCGUAUACCUUUCGAUCUUCAUCAUCCAGUGCUUCAACGUAUUCGCUGUAAAGGCUAAAUUACGCUUCCCUUUCGGCAAGGCUAUUGUCGGAAACCCGUACAACUUCGCUGGUAUCGUCGCCGGAGCUUGUCUGGGCAUGUUCAUCAUCUACACUCCCCCCUUGCACGUGGUCUUCGGCGGUUCAUUCCACUUGUCGCCGCUUUACUGGCUGAUCCCCGUUGCAUUCGGCGUGCUCCUGCUUGUUUGGUCCAGUAUCCGUGUCGUCUUGAUGAGGAAGAGCAUCGAACAGUCUCGUGUCAAGGACAUCAAGGGAUUGAUGAUGUUCCCCACGAUGAGGACGAUGAGUAUGCGGUCCAAGCACUGACAUCAGCCUCGUCAUGUCGUAUUGACUCACCAUUUAUUUCACGAGCCACUCACGAGUUGAUCUGUUUUCACGAUUUAAUGUAGUUCUACACUCGCGCUUCGACACUCACG